UUGAACUAAUCCAGUAAAAACAACAAAAUCAUAGAAAUGGCUUUCAAAUUCGUCGUAUUCUCCGCACUUUUGGCCGUCGCCAGCGCUGGUAUAUUGCAGCCCGUCACCUACGCACACGUCGCUAAUCCUGCUGUGGAUGCUGUUGCCUCCAGCCACCAGAAUGUCGUGCGCACCUUCGAUGGCACCGUCUCACAGUACUCGAAGACCAUCGAAACUCCUUAUUCCAGCGUGCACAAGUCGGACACACGCGUCAGCAACAAUGUGUACACACCAGCUGUAGCCAAGACUGUUUACGCUGCUCCCGCACCAGCUGCUCUCUACACACAUGCUACACCAGUUGCCAAAACUGUUACCUACGCCGCUCCAGCUGCUGUGAAGACCGUUUCUUAUGCUGCACCAGCGCCAACUGCUGCUGUUUACACGCAUGCUGCUCCCGUCGUCAGCAAAACAAUCUAUGCUCCGGCUCAAGCUCAUGCUGUUGUUGCCAAGCCCGUGGCUUAUGCCGCUCCAGCUCCAGUGUAUCAUCAUGAAGUGCCUGUUGCUAAGACUGUGACCUAUGCUGCUCCAGCUAUCGCUAAAACUGUGAGCUACGCUGCUCCAGCUCCUGUCUACCACCAAGCGGCUCCAGUUGCUAUCCAUUACUCGCCUGCUGAAACUGCCUCACACAUGAGCUUCGACGGUUUCGGUACCCACUGGGGUUGGUAA